AUUAGUUCAAGAGAAAUUAAAUCAGAAAUACAUCCGCAGUGUGUUAUAAGUGCAAGAAAAAUGUAUUAGUUCGGGUUCUAGUGAGCAUUUUAAUAAAUUUUGUAUGUUCUUGAAAACCGAGUUAUAUAACCUUGAAUCACGGGACCACAGUAUUGAUCAUUUUAAUUUUAUCGCAAUUCAGUUAUUUUUGUGAAACGUGUUAAAGCUCAGAUCUGACACUUGACUAGGGGCCCCCAUAAACAAACAACAUGCAUCGUGCAAGAUUAGUAUUUCAAGCAACAAACAAAGUAGGCAACACAGAAAGAUUUGCGUCAUGGCUCCUCAACAAACCACAGAAUGCCGCUGUGACAGUAAACGCCAGCAGGUGGAAAAGUUCCACAGCGGCUGAGCCUUUCCUCAAUGGCUCCAGUUCAGCGUACGUGGAGACCAUGUACAACUCAUGGCUCACUGACCCCAAUUCCGUGCAUGCGUCGUGGGAUGCAUUCUUCCGCAAUGCGACCAACGGGGCGCAGCCGGGCGCCGCCUACACCUCUCCGCCGAACCUAGCGCCAUACAACAAAAAUGAAGUGCCACUCACAGCGCUGGUCCCAGCCUCUGGUGGCAUGCCUUCCAUCGCCUCAGGAUCCCCUAUCAAUGAGAAGAUCAUCGACGACCAUCUUGCCGUGCAGGCCAUCAUCAGGAGUUACCAGUCCCGGGGUCACCUCGUGGCGCACCUCGAUCCCCUGGGCAUCUCGACCGGGGAUCCCACCUCGAGCGGCGACUGGCACGGCGGCUUGCGCGCCUUCGCCAACGAGGCGGUUAUUAGACAACACGUGCGAUUCGAUGAAGCUGAUAUGGACAGGGUAUUUAAGCUACCCUCCACCACGUUCAUUGGUGAAAAGGAGAAAGCCUUGCCUCUGAGGGAAAUUCUGAACCGCCUGGAAGCUGCGUACUGCGACAAUAUCGGCAUUGAGUUCAUGUUCAUUAACUCGUUGGAGCAAUGCAACUGGAUCAGGCAACGUAUGGAGCCCCCGAAUGUUACCAAAAUGAGCCCCGACCAGAAGAGGCUGAUCCUGGCCCGUCUUACCAGGUCUGCAGGAUUCGAGAACUUCCUCGCCAAGAAAUGGUCAUCAGAGAAGCGUUUCGGCCUGGAGGGCUGCGAGAUCCUCAUCCCGGCCAUGAAGCAGGUCAUUGACGUGUCCACUCGUCUGGGUGUUGAGUCCAUCAUCAUGGGAAUGCCCCAUAGAGGUCGUCUGAACGUGUUGGCCAAUGUUUGCCGCAAGCCCCUUCAUCAGCUGUUCACGCAGUUUGCUGGGCUCGAAGCCGAGGAUGACGGCUCUGGUGACGUCAAGUACCACUUGGGUACCUACAUCGAGCGUCUGAACCGCGUGACGAACAAGAACAUUCGCCUGGCGGUGUGCGCCAACCCAUCUCACUUGGAGGCCGUUGACCCCGUCGUGCAGGGCAAGACCAGGGCUGAGCAGUUCUACAGGGGAGACAAUGAGGGCAAGAAGGUCAUGUCGAUCCUCCUCCACGGUGACGCGGCGUUCGCCGGCCAAGGCGUGGUGUUCGAAACCAUGCACUUGUCGGAUCUGCCCGCUUACACCACGCACGGAACCAUCCACAUCGUCGUCAACAACCAGAUUGGAUUCACUACUGACCCUAGGCAUUCUCGCUCGUCUGCUUACUGUACUGACGUGGCCCGCGUAGUAAACGCGCCAAUCUUCCACGUGAACGGCGACAACCCUGAAGCUGUGAUGCACGUGUGUAACGUGGCGGCCGAGUGGCGCUCCACCUUCCACAAGGACGUGGUCAUCGACAUCGUCAGCUACCGCCGCAACGGGCACAACGAGGUCGACGAGCCCAUGUUCACGCAGCCGCUCAUGUACCAGAAGAUCCGCAACACUAAGCCAGUGCUCGAGAAAUACGCCGACCAGCUGAUCACCGAAGGUGUAGUAACCGCCGAAGAGGUUAAGGACGUGAAGGACAAAUACGAGAAGAUCUGUGAGGAUGCCUACAACCAGGCCAAGCAGGAGACGCACAUCAAGUACAAGGACUGGCUCGACUCGCCCUGGUCCGGCUUCUUCGAGGGCAAGGACCCGCUCAAGAUGUCCACAACCGGAGUGGUCGAAGAAACCUUAGUGCACAUCGGCAAACGUUUCUCCCAGCCGCCACCCAACGCAGCCGAGUUCGAGAUCCACAAGGGUCUGCUCCGUAUCCUCAAGGCUCGUAUGGAGAUGGUCGAAAACCGCACUGUGGACUGGGCCUUGGCUGAGGCUAUGGCCUUUGGAUCACUGCUGAAGGAGGGAAUUCACGUCCGCCUGUCCGGAGAGGAUGUUGAGAGAGGCACGUUCUCGCACAGGCAUCACGUGCUGCACCACCAGAAGGUGGACAAGGCGACCUACUGCGCGCUGGCGCACCUCUACCCCGACCAGGCUCCUUACACCGUCUGUAACAGCUCGCUUUCGGAAUACGGUGUGCUCGGCUUCGAAGUGGGCUACUCGGUCACAAACCCGAACGCGCUGGUGCUAUGGGAGGCUCAGUUCGGAGACUUCAACAACGUGGCGCAGUGCAUCAUCGACCAGUUCAUCUCCAGCGGCCAGGCCAAGUGGGUGCGACAGUCCGGCAUCGUCUUGCUGCAGCCCCAUGGCAUGGAAGGCAUGGGCCCCGAGCACUCAUCGGCUCGUCUCGAAAGAUUCCUGCAAAUGAGCUCCGACGACCCCGACUACAUGCCCCCAGAGAGCCCCGACUAUGAAGUCCGCCAACUGCACGACUGCAACUGGAUCGUGGCGAACUGCUCGUCGCCCGCGUCGUACUUCCACAUCCUUCGGCGGCAGAUCGCGCUGCCCUUCCGCAAGCCGCUCAUCCUCAUGACGCCUAAGUCGCUGCUGCGUCACCCCGAGGCCAAGUCCUCCUUCGACGAUAUGAAGGACGGCACCACUUUCAGAAGAGUGAUCCCCGAAGAGGGCGUGGCUUCCCAGAACCCGAGCAAGGUCCGCAAGCUGGUGUUCUGCUCCGGCCGCGUGUACUACGACCUCAUCAAGCAGCGCCGCGACAGGGGACUCGAGGCUGACAUCGCUGUUGCCAGAGUGGAGCAGAUAUCGCCGUUCCCGUACGACCUGAUCAAGGCGGAGGUGGCCAAGUACCCCAACGCGCAGCUCGUGUGGAGCCAGGAGGAGCACAAGAACCAGGGCUCUUGGAGCUACAUCGAGCCCCGCUGCCGCACGCUGCUGCAGAACCAGAAGACUAUUAGGGCAAAGUCCCAAUCGCAGGGGGGUAGUUGGUUAAGUCAACUGUUCGGCGGCGAGAAGCCGGCCGCCCCGCAUAGCGAUUCGGACUCUGAAACUGUGCCACGCACCAUUAGCUACAACGGCCGCCCGACCGCCGCGUCACCGGCCACUGGCUCGAAGGCCGCCCACAACAAGGAGCUGAAGAAUCUACUCGACGAGUUCUGCGUAUUAUAAACGAACUAAUCUCACGCGAAUAAACUAUUACUGUGUAGGCAACCGCGCUCUGCGGCCUAGCCGCGUUAGGAUAACCAUUUCGUAGAAUAACUGUAAAGCUAUAUUUGCUGGGCCGCAGUGUGCCACCGCCCUUAGUCGAUAAACACGCCAUACACGUAAUAGUCAUUAAUCCACUCGCUAUAUCUCGAAACGAAAUUUACCCUUGACUAUUUAUUACCAUUUUUUUUCGAAAAUAUUAAAUGUAAACAUUCACAAUUUCAUUACUGUCAGUAUUUUGUUGUAAUCCUCUUCACGGUUAGGUUAGUCUAGUUAGAUAAAUUCUUAUUUAUUUAUUAAACGUAGCAUAAUACGUGGAUUAGACUCGAUGUUAUUUAUUUUACUUGUUAAAGCAAUAUAAAAUAGUCGCACGUAGUAACUUAAGACAUUUUUUUCUUAAUCAUAUUUCAUUUUGGAGAAAUAGUACAUGUUAUUUGUAAUGUAGCGUUAUUACGCUAUUUAUAUUAUUUUGUACAUACAUAUUAUGAACACUUUAUUUUCUUAUUUGAUUUUGAUUUAUUGUUAAUCAAUGUUUUAUUGUCGUUGACGGGUUUAAGUUAUUACGUUCCUUCUACUAGUCCGACAUUUGGAAUUCGUAAUACAUUAGGUUAUUGCACAGUGGUGCGACGAGGCGGUAAUGUUGCGCCUACAAAGCGCCUCUAUUUGUGUAACGAUCGCUUCGCACCGCUUUUUCGGUCGUAGCCUAAAUCCUUGUACCGUAAUUCGUAAUUCGUGUAACGAUAUUGUCUGAGAUAUUAUUAGAUAGUAAUAAAUAUAGCCAAGCACUAGUUUGGAGUAAAUUGCACCGUAGUACAUACAUACGUAUAAUUUAUAUUAGUGUCACUGUGGUCGUUAUUUGUUGCAACCGGCGGGCCCCAGAGAUAGGUUUAGUUCGCUCAUAGUUACCGCCGUUCAGAACGGCACUUGUAAGGAAAAACACCAACGCAAAUGCUUUGUAUAAACCUACGCGUAUAAUUGUCUAACUCUAAUAUGAAUGUUACCUAAUCUGUAUGUAGAAUUAAAACUUCAUUGAUAACGAGGUAUUGAUUAAAUUGAUUGUUGACGUAUGAAGUUAGGUCGGAACAUUGUAAAAUUAUUAUCUGGUUGUUUAAUCGGUGAAAUGGCUAACGUUUCAGGAUCUAAUUUAGCUUCGUAACACUUAACGCAUGUAUUAAAUGCACUGUAACUUUUUAAUUUAACAUGUAUUUUUGAAACUUUGCUCAGGGCGGCAGGUGAAAGGUAUGAAAAAGGUCUGAAUGCAAGGUCUGUUUGGCAGGGAUAACCUGGGCUAUUUUAUCACUAUGUUAGUUUGAAAUAGUUAAUUUACAAACCAAUAAACAAUAUUCACGAA